GAACAUGGUGAGAGAAGGGAAAUCGUCGGACCACGUUUGGGACGGAGAUUGAGGGAGUAGUCCUUGGUCAAAUUUCCACCACAUUUCUCUUGCUUAUUUUCAUUCUGAUCUUAGACUGCUCGGAAUGGUGUUUUUUUAUGCUCCAGCGACAGGGGAGAGCGCUGGGUUGGGGCAGGUAGAGGGAAGCAAAAGAAAACACGGAAGUAUGCUAUCAUGAAGCGAAUGCUUAGUCUCAGAGAUCAGAGACUUAAAGAAAAGGAUAGAUUAAAACCGAAAAAGAAAGAAAAGAAAGAUCCCAGUGCACUCAAGGAAAGAGAAGUCCCCCAACACCCUUCCUGCCUAUUCUUCCAAUAUAAUACACAGCUGGGCCCACCUUACCACAUCCUGGUUGAUACCAACUUUAUCAACUUUUCCAUUAAAGCCAAACUGGACUUAGUGCAGUCAAUGAUGGACUGUCUAUAUGCCAAGUGUAUCCCGUGUAUAACUGACUGUGUAAUGGCUGAAAUUGAGAAAUUGGGGCAGAAGUAUCGAGUGGCUCUAAGGAUUGCCAAGGAUCCAAGAUUUGAACGAUUACCCUGCACACAUAAAGGAACCUAUGCAGAUGACUGCUUAGUACAGAGAGUAACCCAGCACAAGUGUUACAUUGUGGCCACAGUUGACCGGGACCUUAAACGAAGAAUCCGGAAGAUCCCUGGAGUUCCCAUCAUGUACAUUUCUAACCAUAGGUACAACAUUGAGCGGAUGCCCGAUGAUUAUGGAGCCCCUCGGUUCUAAUCCUUAAAAGACAAAGUUCCUCUGCCUCCUGUGGACCAACUUUCUCCUUUGCUAACUCAUUAAUCAUGCCAUAGCAUGAGUUCUUCCACUCACCCAUUUGCUCUGAAUGAGCUGAGUAUGGUUAAAUACACCCACUUUUUAAUAUUGUGUUGAAAAUGAUAUAUUUUUAUCAUUUCAAAAUUUGUUGCAUCUUUCUUUUCCUUUUUUUUUUUUUUUUUUUUUUUUUUUGUAUUUUUAGGGUCACAGCCGAGGCAUAUGGAGGUUCCCAGGCUAGAAGUCACAUCGGAGCUGCAGCUGCCGUCCUGCACCACCAGCAACAGCAAUAUUAGAUCCAAGCUGUGCUACCUACACUGAAGCUUAUGGCAACGCUGGAUCCUAAAUCUACUGAGUAGGGCCAGGGAUUGAACCCACAUCCUCAUGGAUACUAGUUGAGUUUGUUACUGAUGAGCCACAGAACUCCCAGAAUGGUUUCUUUCUGCUUGGUUGGGAUGGGGAGGGAAGAAAAAAUAGAGGUAGUUAUGUUUGAAUUAAUCUUUAAAUAGGUUCUUGCCCAGUAAAUGAGGUAAAGAAAAUGAGGCAUAUAAAGCAUAUAAAUAAAAGCAUGGAGGAUGGAUAUUACAUAGAGUAAAUGUGCUUUGCCUAUUUAGAUGACUGUCAGAAGGUUUUUAUAACUAGGACAUGGGGGAAGGAGUCCACAUGCACGUCUGAGACUCCAGAGGUAGGAGACGGAGGAGGGGGCCCUAUAUGACAUGCUGAAGGGUUUGGACUUGGUCCUGAGGUCAAUUAGGGAGUUAACAAAAUUUUAAUUAGGGUGUGAAGUUCCCACCAUGGCCCAGUGGGUUAAGGAUCCGGCAUUGCCACAGCUGUGGCGUAGGUCACAGCUGUGGCUCAGAUUCGAUUCCUGGCCCAGAAACUUCCAUGUGCCAUGGUGCAGCCAAAAAAAAAUCAGUGUGGAUAACAUGAUCAGAUGAGAUGUUUUAAAUGAUUGCAAGAUAGUGUAAGAUAAGACAAAUAGAUCAUUGAAGCAGAAUAGAAAGUCCAUAAAUAGAUUUAUAUAUUUAGGGCAAUUUGGUAUAUUUUAAAGCUGGUAUUUCAAAUAUAUGGGAAAAGGGAAAUUGCAUUAGAAGGCCAAAUCAUUGUGGAGUCAUUCUCCUAGGGUUUGAGUCCUGAUUUCAUCAGUUAAUAUCAGUAUGAAUUGGGCAAACCACAUAACCAUUUGAUGUCUACCUUGCUUAUUAUAAUGAUAAGUUUGGCUAUCGAUUUGAAAAGAAUUUUAGAUUUCUACUUCAUAUCCUUCAUGAGACUAUGUGGAUCAAAGUCUAAAUUCUUUUUUAAACUACAGAAGUAUUAGAAAGAAAAUGAGAAAGAUGUGUAUAACCUCCGGGUAGAGUUCCUAAAUAAGAUGAAAGAAUGUAAAAACCGUAAAAGAAAAGGUUGAUUGAUAAGUGUGGAUACAUUAAAAUUAGAUGUCUCUGCAAAGCCUCUUCUCCCCAAAUUAAGACAGAUGACUAACAAGAAGAUUUUACAAUGUAUAUAACAAGGGUGUGAGGACAUGGAUAGUCUUGUAGUGCUGACAGGAAUACAAGUAGGUAUAACCAUUUCAGACAGCAGUUAGGCAGGACCCAUUAAAAUAAAAAUUUCAGAUAUUGUGUAAGCCCAGUUCUAAUUUCCGGUUAUUUACGGAUGGUUUCCUUUAAAAUACAUGAUCAAUUGUGACGUAAAAAAACAUUCACAUGUUUAUAAGGAAGUACAUAGAAGGAUGUUUACUGCACCACUAAAAGAAAAAAAUUGAAAAGAAUGUAAGUAUCCUUCAGAAAGUUCCUAACUAUGUUAUGUCUAUACUAUGGGAUGUCAUGAGCACUUAAAAACAACGAGGUAGGAGUUCCCUUCAUGGCUCAGAGGUUAACGAACCUGACUAGGAUCCAUGAGGAUGGAGGUUUGAUCCCUGGCCUCGCUCAGUGGGUUAAGAAUCCGGCACUGCAAUGAGCUGUGGUGUAGGCCAGCAGCUGUAGCUCUGAUUGGAUCCGUAGCCUGGGAACCUCCAUAUACCUCGGGUACGGCCCUAAAAAGCAAAAAUAAAUAAAAAUGAAAACAGUGAGAUUUAAAAAUAGGUAAAGGACUCGAAUAGAUAAUUCUCUGAAGAAGACAUCCAGAUGACCAAUUAGCACAUGGAAAAGUAUUCAACACCACUAAUCAUUAGGGAAAUGCAAAUCAAACCACAGUAAGAUAGCACCUCAUACCUAUCAAGGUGGCUGCUGUUAAGAGUAAAGAAAUAACAAGUGUUGAUGAGGAUGUGGAGAAAUUGGAACUGUUGUACAUUGUCGGUGGAAAUGUAAACUGGAGCACUGGAUGCAGGUUCAGUCCUCAGCCUGGCACAGUGGGAUAAGAAUCCAGUGUUGCCGCAGCUGUGGUAUAGAUCACAGCUGCAGCUCAGAACUGCCCUGGCCUGGGAACUCCAUAUGCCACAGGGCAGUCAAAAGAAGAAAGAAAAAAAUAGUUAAGAUGGUAAGUUGUAUGUUAUAUACUCUUUUCCACAAUUUGUGAUAACAUAAGAUGAGGUAGAGCUAUAUUACAUACAUGAAAACAACUGACAUUGUUAAGAGAAAGAAGCAACUUGUAGGAGUUCCUAUCAUGGCUCGGCGGUAACAAAUCCAACUAGUAUCCACGAGAACAUGGGUCUGAUCCCUGGCCUCACUCAGUGGGUUAAGGAUCUGGUGUUGCCAUGAGCUCUGGUGUAGGUCACAGACGCAGCUCAGAUCCUGUGUUGCUGUGGCUGUGGAGUAGACUGGCAGCUACAGCCCCAAUUCAACCCCUAGCCUGGAAACUUCCAUAUGCUGCAGGUACAGCCCUAAAAAGCCAAAAAAAGAAAGAAGAAGAAGCAACUUGUGGAACAAUUAGGUACAGUGUGGUAACUUUUACAAGAAUACAUAGUUGGAAUUGAGUGACUGUUUGCCAAUACAUUGGAAAAACCUUCCUGGGUUUUACUUUAAUUAUAUAGCCAAACCUAAUCCUGACUGACAUGUGAUAUAUGUCUACUAAACCAAUAGAAAGACAAAACAGAAAAAUGAAGAAGCUCGAGGAAAAAGUUAAAAAAUAAGAAUGUAUUAUUACCAGACAUCUCUAUAUUUCACUGCACGUAAAUUUUAAAAGAAAAAGGAAAAAGAAGAGUUCCCUAGUGGCCCAGCAGUUAAAGAUCUGGUACUGUGGCAGGGGUUCAAUCCCUGAUCUAGGAACUUCCACAUGCUGCAGACCUG